AUGGAGGACAAGAAAGCAAAUAUAAUCGCUAUUUCAACUAUCAUUGUACUGACCAUCUGUAUCAUAAUUGCCCGUGUUUUUCUAAAACUUUCAAGACCUUUCUUCCUAAUUGCAGGGGCAAAUAGUGCAGUGAUCCUUGUAGUCUUUUCAUACCUGAUAAUCAGAAGACGAUGCAAACGUAGAAGACAGUUGUUAGAGAGUCAAUUAGUUUCUCAAGGUAGCGAGCUUCGAAUUGAGUACAGUUUUCUUAGAAAAGUUUCUGGGGUUCCUACCAUUUUUCAAUACAGGGAGCUUGAGGAAGCUACCGAAAAUUUUCAGGCAUUGCUUGGCCAAGGAUCGUCAGCUUCAGUUUUUAAAGGUAUCCUGAGUGAUGGAACUUCUGUUGCUGUGAAGCGGAUUGAAGGAGAGAAGCAUGGAGAGAAAGAAUUUCGAUCAGAAGUUGCAGCAAUUGCUAGUGUGCAACACGUACAUCUCUUGCGCCUUCUUGGAUAUUGUAUUAUGGCUGGAGGGCCUCGUUUCCUCGUUUAUGAUUUUAUCUCCAAUGGAUCAUUGGAUUGUUGGAUUUUCCAAGGAAGAGGAAAUCGGAACCAGCCCAGAGGGUGUUUAUCAUGGGGCUUAAGGUAUAGAGUUGCCAUUGACGUCGCCAAGGCACUUUGUUACCUUCAUCAUGAUUGUCGCUCAAGGAUCUUGCACCUUGAUAUCAAGCCAGAAAACAUACUUCUGGAUGAGAAUUACGGAGCAAUUGUGGCAGAUUUUGGCCUUUCAAAGUUAAUGGGAAGAGAUGAGAGUAAAGUUUUCACAAAUAUUAGAGGGACUAGAGGUUACUUGGCUCCAGAAUGGUUCUUGGAGCAUGGAGUUUCAGAAAAAUCUGAUGUCUAUAGUUAUGGGAUGGUUGUUUUGGAGAUGAUUGGAGGCCGGAGAAAUGUUUGCUUGGUGCAAAACGGCAAUGACAGAUCUCAAAGGAAAUGGCAGUACUUUCCAAAAAUUGUCUAUCAGAAAAUGAGAGAAGGAAAGCUUAUGGAAGUGGUUGAUGAUAGGCUAGCUGAAAGUAGAGGUGUUGAUGAGAGGGAGGUAAGGAGAUUGGUAUUUAUAGCUUUCUGGUGCAUCCAAGAGAAGGCUCGGCUUAGACCUAGCAUGGGUCAAGUGGUUGAGAUGCUUGAAGGCCAUGUGCCUGUGGAGGAGCCCCCGAUACCCAAAUGA